UGCAGCGAUAAACACGGAAAGACGAAGAAGAAGGUUUUCAGACUUUUUUUUUUCCCCUUCUAAAGAUGGCGUCGACGCAGUUAACAGAUGAGGAGCUUUUUUCACAGUUGAAGUGCUUUGGUUUUACUCCUGGCCCAGUCACAGAGAGCACGCGACCGGUGUACUUAAAGAAACUGAAGAAGUUCCGCGAGGAGCAGCAGCAGCAGCGGGGUAAAGGCCGUGGCAGCAGCACCACCACCAGCAGCAGCAGCAGCACGGGGGCAUCAAGGCCAGUUAGACAUGACGUCAGGCGCCUGAGCUCCGGCAGGAGACCGGGCCUAAAGUCCUCUGUACUCGGCUUUAGCUCCGACGAAUCUGACGCUGAGGCUCCGCUGAAAAGAAAGGGCCUGGAUCACAACAAGAGAGCCAACCGGAACCCGCACCUUCAACAGCAGCUAAAGAUUAAAGCGACUGCGCCUCCUAACGAGGCUAACAAGAAGCUCUAUGGCGUUGGGACCGCUCUGAAAAGCAAUUCAUUCCCGAGUCCAGGCGGACAGACGAGUCCCUCGCUGGGUUGGGAAACCGGGAAGAGAUCCAGGCAUGAUCCUGAGUCCAGGGACGAGGACGGUAGCGACGAAGAGCUGCAGAACUCCCACUCUGUAAAUGGCCGUAGCGCCGCUCGCCUGAACACAAGCCAACUAGCCGGAGAGUACUCCGACUCAGACGAGGAGGAAGUUGGGGCCCCAGGAGGCCCGGACCGAGACCGGAGGAGUUUGGAGCUGCGGCGGAUUUGUACCACGGGGCCGUUUCCCUCCCAUUUAGACGGCAGGGGUUCUUGGGUCGGAAGAAAGAACUGCGCUUAUAACCCGCUGGGGAACAGAAGCAUGUUAGGAGGCAGAGAAGGGCCCGAAGAAAGGGUGAAGAAAAGCGACCUGGACGCCUCGGGAGGGUCCCAGAGCCACAUGGUCCCUCGGAAGUCCGUCUACGGCUCCCUCGGCGAGGACCACCAGAGCAAGAGCGGAGAAAACAACCAUGUUAACAGCGAGGAGGGCCCGUUCAGGUUCGGCGCCGGGCUCAGACCGCGCUUCCCGGGCUCCGGCAGCCCGGCCCCGGCCUCCAGGGGGGGCUACCCGAACCACAGCCCCGUCCCCAACCACCUGUACGGCCAGAAGAAAAAGCUGGCCGCCCCGGAGGACGAGCUGCUGCUGCAGUUCAAGAGAGAGGGGCCGGCCUCCUCCGGGAGCUUCAGCGCCCACUACCUCUCCAUGUUCCUGCUCACGGCCGCCUGCCUCUUCUUCCUGCUGCUCGGCCUCGUGUACAUCCGGAUGAGGGGUUCUGGAUCCACGGGGGUGGACGGCGCUAUUAAGAGCCACCCGUUUGGCAGCCACUUCGACUCCUUAUAUGAUCAGGCAGAAAAGGACGCCAUCCUGAAACUGCUGCUCAGCCUUCAUGACCACUUGGCCGUCGUCGCCGGUCAUCAUGACUGUGGAGACCAGCAGUUUCCCAACAGGAGUCUGUCCAGAGACAAAGUCACAGAGUAUCUGUUGGCUCAGAACGGAGAGUUUAAAGACUUUAUUGACGUCGCUCUGGAGUGGAUCAUCCGGGCCAGCCAGGAUGUUGGUAUAAGGCUGACGGGCCGGGUCGCCGAUGACCCGGUGACGGACGUGUCUGAGAUCUCUUGGUUGGAAUCCACACAUCCCAGGAUGCCGCUGGGCUGCCGCUUUCGCCGGGCCUUGCUCACAGUCAUGAGCAAAGUGGCGCUGGUUGCCGUUGCGGUGGGCUUCAUCUGGAGCGUGGUCUGCUACGUGAAGUACCGCUGGAGGAGAGAGGAGGAGGAGACGAGGCAGAUGUACGACCUGGUGGAGAGGAUCAUCGAUGUGUUACGUACCCACAGCGAGGCUUGCCAAGAGAACCGGGACCUGGAACCUUACCUGCCCAUCCCUCAUGUCAGAGAUUCGUUGGUCGAGGUGCAAGAUCGGAAGAAGAUGAAGAAGAUUUGGGAUCGAGCUGUUCAUUAUAUCUCAUCUGACGAGUCCCGGAUCCGAACAGAGACGCAGCAGAUUAAGGGAGCAGACUUCAAGGUGUGGAGGUGGAUCCAGCCGCCCCUCAUUUGUGACAAAUCUAAAGGGUGGCAGGGAAAAGCUUUCCCCCUGAACCGGAGGAAUUCACCCCCCAACAGCCUGACUCCAUGUCUGAAGAUCAGAAACAUGUUUGACCCAGACAUGGAGGUGGGUGACAACUGGGAUUUAGCCAUCCAAGAAGCCAUCCUGGAGAAGUGCAGUGACAACGAUGGCAUUGUCCAUAUUUCUGUUGACAAGAGCUCUAAAGAGGGCUGUGUUUAUGUCAAGUGUCUUUCUGCAGAGCACUCAGGAAAAGCCUUCAAAGCCCUGCAUGGCUCCUGGUUUGAUGGUAAGCUGGUGACAGUCAAGUAUCUGCGUCUGGACCGGUACCACCAGCGCUUCCCGCAGGCCCAGGGCUGCAGCACGCCCCUGAGGGCUUCCAGCCUGCACCAGAACAUCACCAACACCAGCCCCUUUCUGCUGCAACAAGGGCCCCCCAACGCUUCAGGCUUCUCCUGAGGGGCCGCCGUGUGGCCGGCCCCUCCCUGUACCAUAGAACUGUUGCUCACUCCCUGAGGCUGCAACACAGCAUAUUUGACAGAAGCUGUUCAGUGCUGCAGAGUUUUUAAAAAAAACAUAAACUUUAUAUUUCAAAGUGUCAUAGAAUUUAAAAAAAAAAGCAAACUGAGUAUUUAUUAUCUUUGUCCUCUUCCAUAGUUUAUUGCCACAGUGGACUCGUAUGUAAGUUUUCAGUACAACUCUGUUAUUGUUAAAUUCUUCAGUUUAUUAGCGUGUCAUUGUCGUUAAAAACCGGAAGAUGGGGAAAUCCUUCCGACUUUCUGCUCGGAGAGGAUGUGUGCAUCUACAGGCUGACCCUGACAUGCAACCGCAGCGUGUCAGCGCGGUGGAAGAUGGAGCCACCGGUCGUUUCAAUGGACGACCUGUGCUUCCUCCUGCUUCCUGCAGGGGGCGGAUAAGGUCAACUAACGAGCAGUGCAUCAGAAUACCAAAAUCACCUGACCCCUCUUCAGAUCUACAUUUAUUUUAGCAUGCUUCCAAAGUAUCGUUUCCGCAAGAUUUCUCGUUUUUUUUCUUUUCUUUUCUGUUGCCACUAAAAGCAGCUUCCAGCAGAAUAAAUGAGUGCCGUUUGUCCUGACUGUCAUGAUCUCCAGGUCUAAAUCGGCCUAUUGGUUCCUGACGCCUCCUGAUUCGAUCGCUGCUCAUAUUUGCAGCUAUUUGGCAAUUAUGUCACCAUUCUUAUUAUUAAUCUGUCUGAUCCGAUCCCAAGUCCAUGUGUCCCACACACUGCAAAGGAUUUGAGACACACUAAGCUCACGGUCUCUCGUUUCUGCUGCACCUUUAUAUUCCUAAAACGUAACGACAUGACCCGAUUCUUAUUUUAAUGCAGAUAAUGAAAUGUUGAACUCAGUUCUUGCUGUGUAAAUUGUGCGUAUAGUUUUCAUAUUUUUGUUUUGCUUGCUGCAGUGACCGUUUGCUGCAGAUGAGCCAACUGUGCCUUAAAUUGUGCUUUUUUUUUUUUUUUUUUUUCUUUUGAACUGGCACUGCAUUAGAGAAUGUACCGGAUAUAGAAAAAUGUUGAAACUGUUUAGAGGAUAAAUGAGGCAGACGUAUAGUUCUUAGUUUGGAAUCCUGGAAGUUGGCAUUUUGUAGAAGUUUUCUUUGAUAUUAUACCAAAAUGUUCUAUUUAUUUUCAUUUUUAAUGAGGGUUAUGUACUAUUUUAAUGUCACAAGACCUGUUGUAUGUUUUUCAUUAAUGAUUGACACUUGCUUUGUAAGAAUUGUCAGGAUGUUUAUGACAAAAUAAACUGAACACUUUGAGAAAUAA